CAACUCCCAGAGGGCCGUUUGGCAACAACAGCGGGCGCUUCGGUUCCCUGAUCGACCCUGACCCUCGGGCGGAAGCCGGAGUCUGCGGCGGCAAAGGGGUGGGCGCCGUGGAUCCGCCGUCUGCGCGCUGACUCUGCCCGUUUCCUCCUCAUCCAGCUCCGACCAUCAUGAAGGAUUCGCUGGUGCUGCUGGGCCGCGUUCCGGGGCACCCUGACUCGCGCUGCUGGUUCCUGGCCUGGAACCCCGCGGGAACCCUGCUGGCCUCGUGCGGUGGCGACCGUAGAAUCCGCAUCUGGGGCACCGAGGGUGACAACUGGAUCUGCAAGUCUGUCCUUUCUGAAGGCCAUCAGCGCACUGUUCGAAAAGUGGCCUGGUCCCCCUGUGGGAAUUACCUGGCCUCUGCUAGCUUUGAUGCUACCACUUGCAUUUGGAAGAAGAACCAGGAUGACUUUGAGUGUGUAACCACUCUUGAGGGCCAUGAAAAUGAGGUCAAGUCAGUGGCUUGGGCCCCAUCUGGCAACCUCUUGGCCACCUGCAGCCGAGAUAAGAGUGUGUGGGUCUGGGAAGUUGAUGAAGAGGAUGAGUAUGAAUGUGUCAGUGUCCUCAACUCCCAUACCCAGGAUGUCAAGCAUGUGGUUUGGCACCCAAGCCAGGAGCUGUUAGCCUCUGCCAGCUAUGAUGACACAGUGAAGCUGUACCGGGAAGAAGAGGAUGACUGGGUCUGCUGUGCCACCCUCGAGGGCCAUGAAUCCACUGUAUGGAGCUUGGCUUUUGACCCCAGUGGCCAGCGCUUGGCAUCUUGCAGUGAUGACCGUACUGUGCGCAUCUGGCGCCAAUAUCUACCAGACAACGAACAAGGGGUGGCAUGCAGUGGCUCUGAUCCCAGUUGGAAAUGUAUCUGCACAUUGUCGGGCUUCCACUCCAGGACCAUUUACGACAUUGCUUGGUGUCAGCUGACAGGGGCCCUGGCUACAGCUUGUGGGGAUGAUGCCAUCCGAGUGUUUGAGGAGGAUCCCAGCUCAGAUCCGCAGCAACCCACCUUCUCCCUGACAGCUCACCUGUGUCAGGCCCAUUCCCAGGAUGUCAACUGUGUGGCCUGGAAUCCCAAGGAGCCAGGACUCCUGGCCUCCUGCAGUGAUGAUGGGGAGGUGGCCUUCUGGAAGUAUCAGCGGCCUGAAGGUCUCUGAGCUACCUUGCCUUGGGAGAUUUAUGGUUCCCCAGAAAAUGUCCUAAGACUUUCUGUCACUCAGGACCUGAAAAGGCAUCCUUAGCCCUUCAUUUAAUUUGGCUCAUUUCUAUUCAGACUUGGGUAGAAGUGUACAGCUACAAGAUCUUUGACGUGAGGGCCUCAGUAGGCCCACAGAACAUCAGUGCAUUGUUAUGCCACAGAUUUGCUUGCUUUAGGGCAUGGUGUUACAUUUUGGGGGUGAAUAUAGUAUUUAUAAUUGCUAUAUGUAUG